UCGACAAAGAUGGCUUGAGAAUUCCAAGCAGAAAAUCAAUAGAAUUCUAAAGUCUGAUAGGAUUUGGACAUAGAAAACCAAUUUCUGCAGAAAAUAAUAGUUGAUGCCAUUUUCAGACGAUGUUGUGUUUAAAUGGUGGUUUAUGUGGUUAUUCGCGCUUGUCUCGUUUAAAAUUGGAUCAUUAUAUUAGAUAGGAAAAUGUUAUAAUUUCAAAAUUGUUUCAAAUGAUCAUUAUGUUUGAAAUAGUAGUUUAUAAUUAUGAUUAUUGUGUGUUUAGCUGAAUAUGGGUUGGAAUAGUUUAUUUCAUUCGGAAAAUUACAACAACCAGCAGACGUUCCGAUCAUACCUGAAUUCCGAGUAAAGAAACAAGAUAUUUAUACUCUAAUUGUCAUUUUUUCAAACAAAUUUUGUUCUUUCAUCUCAAAUGUCAGUGUCAUGUGUUCUCAGUGUUUACGUUUUGGGAUUUGUUACAACAAACCUAUGGAUAAUAUCACUCGCGUGCAAUAUCUUGGUCUUCCUUUCGGAAUACCUCGUCCUUAGCUUAACCUCUCUUCAGGUGACAGUAUUAAUAGUUUGUGUUAUAUUAUGGUAUAUUUCAACUCCUACAUUCCUUAUUUCUGACAAAAUAAUGGGAAAUGAAACUAGCAGUAUACCGUCGGAUGUUACAACGCCAACAUCCGAUAUUCAAGAAUCGGUUGUUUCAUUUGGAUCUAAAAGACGGGCUUCCGUCUCGUCCACCAGACUGCCAUCCCCAGUGGAACCACCUGAACCGGAUCUUAGUGACUUAACAGAAGAGGAAAUAUCUCAAAUACGAUCAGUGAUAGGCAGAGCAAAGGAAAUGCAAAAAGCUGAAGAAAAACGAAUCAGGCAUUUGGAAGAAGAUUAUCUGAAUACAGCUAUGACAGUAGAAGAAUUAACAAUAGCCGCGGAGCCAGAAGCUUCAGAUAUUAUGUUGUGUCCGGUGUGCUUGCGAAAUGAACUUAAAUUGGAUGAUAAAAAUCCUAGAAAAUGGCAGCAUGUGUGUGUAGACUGUCAAAAUAUGACUUGCUCAGAAUGUGGAAAAUUUGAAAGCUCACUUAAUACAAAGCUACAGGAAUGGGUUUGUACAGUGUGUCAGAAAAGGCGCAUGCUGGUGCUGAGUACAGGGUUGUGGCAUCCUGGUGUUGAAGUGUCUGAUACCGUCCCUCUAGAAAGAGAGAUACAAUCCCGGUUAGAAAUGUUUAAGAAUUCCAGACCACCUUUAGAACGUUCAAUAUCAGCAGAUCGAGUUGAAGUAUCUCCUACGGAACACCAUAAAGGAUUUAGAAAGUUAAGAAGACAAAUCUCACUUCCAGAUCCAAUCGUUAGUCAUGCAAAUCCAGGAAAACAUCUAGGAUCAAUAGCCGAAUCCGGUAAAAGCCACCAGGGCAGUCAGGAACAUAUUCCACGGAAAGACACAAAGUCCUCAGCUCAGUCGUUAGACAGUCCAGACUCUUGUGACGUCCAAUCUACCUCGUCUGGAACUUCCAGAAUCAAAGGUGUUUUGCGGACUAUGGCAGGAUCUUGUGGUAUGAAACAGAAAACACAGAGUGAUUCCGAAUUAUCAGACAUUACGUCAGACGUUGAUAUGGAGGAUGUUUCUAUGCAAUAUUACCAAGGUGACGGAGUAGAUACAGAUGAUGUCAGUGAUGACUAUUCCAUGAUGAGCAUCGGCAGUAGUGAUGACAGCAGACUUUACAGGAAACAUCGUCCGCUUUCUUUAAAUCUCAACCAGUCUCAGAGUGCUACGUCAUCAGAUGACGAUACCUCGGAUAGUGCUUUAAGUACGGACACUGAAAAUAGGCUAGCACCAUUUGCUUCGUUAGAAAAUGCCCGUGUUGCGUUAGCUGCCAGUGCCUUCGCAGAAGAAAUGAGAGACUUUAAAGGCGAAUCAUCCGAAGAAAGUUGGAAUCACACUGAAAAGUCAGACUCUGAAGUUCAUAGUGACAAUAACAAGUGUAGUCCGCAUGCACCAAGGAGUCCGAGUUGGAGAGAGGGUCUAGAUAGUCCACCAUUUUCUCCACGACGUAGGGAUUCAUAUCCAGGAAAAAAACGAAAUGUAUCAUCCCCAGCAUCAUCCCCAAAGGAAAAUCAGUUCAAUUUUACAGAAAUUACUGCCCCUCCUGGACAAUUUGCAAACUUUGAACAACAAAACAAAACAUUAGGUCAAUUGAAACAAAAUGAAUAUUUUGGUUCUGGAUAUUCUGCUGAUAGUGGUUCUAACUCACCGGAAGAUCAGUUAAUCACUGAUAGUAGUGAUGAUGAAUUUAUUUUUGCAAGGCGUGGCGAUGAAAUUAUAUUUUCUAAUCACAGAGAAAAGAUAGGCAUUCCACAGUCAGCUGCAGUAAUGGACCUUGCUUCCUUUGCCGCUUCCAUUGCAAAUGAUACUGCUAAUUUAACGCAAAUGACAAUAUCUCCUACAAAUUUGGAUGCAUAUUCAAUGGGAGAUAACUAUCGAUUGUCUCCAGAUUCACAGGAUAGUACUGGAAGUUCUUCUCCAGGUUCUCCUGGUAUUUACGAUAAUCCGGUGAUUCCAGAAGAACCAAUAGAGCUAGCUGACCCCUCUUCAAAACCAAUUGAUUAUCAAGGAAGCAGACGACAAAAAGCGAGACCACCAUCUACGGACUGGUCCCCCGUUAUUGAUUUGUCACCAAUUUUAGAUGUUUCACCGUCAGUUGAGGAAGCUGAACAAGUAGAUAUGUUAGAAAAACAAGAAGAAGAAAGAAGGAGAAGAGAAUCACAAGAGGAAGAUGAGGAUGAAGCAACGGAUAAACCAUUUUUCAAACCGAUAAAUGAAGAGGAGGAUUCUUUGGCAUAUUAUGGAUUAAAACGUUACGAACGAGUGGAAGAUAUAUGUAAACUAGUGCAAAAUAAUAAUGUUGUAAAUAGCGAGCAAUUAGAACAUUGUGUAAAAGAAAAUCUCGAUCAAGAUGCGAAAAUGAAGGAAGUAAUUUCCGAAAUCCCCUUUUCAUGUGUUUCACGAACAGAUUCAACUGUUCAACAAGGAAGUGUUGUGACAUCGUCUCCAGCUGUAUCGUGUGCGUUAGUUGAUUCUAAAAUGUCUAGUGAAACUAAAGAUCCUUAUCGGACUGUGUACAUUCAACCUACUCAAAAUAUGUCUACAGACGUGCCGAUAAAGCAAAUUGUGUCACCAACUCCUAAGCAGAGACGAAAAUUGCCGGAACCCACACCAGAGAUGGUGUCAGAAUCUCGGAAGAAAAAGCCCCUUCCACCAUUGCCAAUUGAUGCAAUAAAAGCAAAAACCUCACCGAAAAGAGUUAUUGAUACAAAAACUCUUGCAGAAAAUAAAGUUAUUGAUGCAAACACAACAUCAGUAAAAAAAGAAGUCGGUGUUCAUUUAAAAAUUACUAGAUCAUCUUCUCUUGACGAACCACCAAAAAAACCGGAAAAAGUGUCAACUAUAGAAACAAAUUCAGAUUAUAAUCAACCAGUUGAUGUAAGAAAAAUGGUUGAAAAACGGUCAAGCUCUUUGGAAUCUCAUAAGUUCAACCCAAAUAUAUCGGCAGUAGACGAUGUGAUUGAACCACUAAAACCAAUUUCUCAGCUCGAUUUGCACAAAUCAGACAACACUCGGAGGAUGAAACAUAUAACAAAAUCAGACGAUAAAAUAAACAAGAUAAGCGAUCGUAGUUCUGAAAAUAGCUUACAGAGACAAGAAUCUGAGGAAAGGCGUUUGAAGACUAAACACCUCAAGGCCAAACCAAAUCCAUUACUAAUUCAGCAUAUUGAAGCUGAGGAGUGUAAUGUGUCCCCCUCAUAUAGAGUUUUAGAUUCACCACCGAGUCCAGAAUCUAGGUCAUCAUUGAAGCGCGAUUAUUCCGACAGUACGUCGGUAUCUCCAUCGUCUUCUCCAGAUAGAGAUUUAUACAUGUAUCCAUCUCCCGUUACUCCUCCUGACUCAGAUUCUUCUCCACCUAAACCACAUUCACCUUCAUCACCAGGAACUGAUUUUGACGAUGAUAAUUUUAUCAUUAAUAAAAUCACACCCACAUCUGUCAAAGAAUGGCAUAAAGAAGUUUCACAUACAAAGGUCAAAGAUAAGGUCAAAACAUUUGAACAGAUCUCAGCCGCGGAUCAGAAAAAAGGUAGACGAAAGCUACCACCUAUACCUGUAACAGAGGAAAUACCUAGCAGAACUAAAGGCCAAAAUAAUGUUCAUAAAAAGCAGCAUUUAAAACAAGAUCACAAAAGAAAACCUAGAGGGUAUGCAACCCCUUCUUCAACCAGCGAUGAAUCUAUGAAUGAAGACGACAUUGAAGUUGCCAUGUUUACUAGACAUCGUAAGAAUAUGAAUAAUCUAGACAAACCUACUCUUGACAAAUGGAACGGAAAUUAUCUUCCUUCUGAGGUAUCAUACAGUGAUAAAAAUAUCAAAGAAUUGUAUAAUGAGGAUAUUAAAGCGAAUAUUCCAGCUAUUGCCUGUGCUGGCGAGAAAGUUACAAAUGUCGAGAGAAAUAUUGACCAAUAUUUGAAGGAUAAAGAUGAAACAGAUGCAAUUAUUGAUUCAAUGAUAAACAUUUAUGGAGCUCCAAUAACACAAGCUAUGAAAUCGCUAAAAAAGAGAUUACAAGAUGAACUGAGACGUGUAACAGAGGGGAGACGUACUAGAAUUGAAGAACUUGAGGAGAUACGUGCAUUACAAAUGCAGAUAGGGGAGUUAAAACUUAGCAGGGAAUAUGCUAAAUUACAAGCAAAAAGAACUCUUUCACCGAAAACAAGUAAGCAACCAACAAAUCAAAACGGGAAAAAACGUGUUCCUACGUCACCGCAAGUAGCACCUCGUAAAUCUAGACAUAAGCGGCAAUCAUCUGAUCCAAUGAUUUCAAAAUUUUCACCCAUAAAAGAGGACAAAGAUAUUGAGGGAGAUAUGCAAAUCAAAGGUAAAGAUCACAAAGAGGCCUCUCUAUUAAGACUGGUAGCAGACGACAGUAGCCUUUCUGGAUUGAGUGAUACGGAUAGCACGCGAUCGGAACCAAUAAUGGUUGCUAGACAACAAAAAAUAGCUACACAUACAAAGACGUUUGUGCAAUCUAAAGAAAGUACGAAAUAUCAGGGACGGGAUGUUUACUCAAAAGUGUUACGACCAGAUAUGAAACCAAAAAGUCAUUCCGAAACUCACAUUCCAGAACUUGUUCAGAACAAACCUGCUCUUUUAGACUUGUCAGAUGAUGAGGAAAGAAAAGCUAGAGAACAAAGAAAACAACAACUUCAAAACGAAAUUGAACGACGAAAAAGACAAUUAGAAGAGACAAGUAAGCUUCAAAAUGAACUUUUCCAGUUAACGCGUAGUGGUCAGGUAAUGGCUCAUAGUUAUGAUGAUAUUCCCAAAAAGUCUACAAAUAUGUAUGCAAUUAUGCGUCCAAUCCCCACGGGUAUUAUAAAACCUUUGGAUGAUGAUUAUUCAGAUGAAGAUAAAGAUUCUCAACAGGGACGCUGGGAAACAGAAACCAGUUAUAGUUCAUCAGAAUAUCUUGCUCACAAACAAGAACGGACCAAGCGGAGUCGAGGACCAGAUCUUAGUGCACAUUCAAGUCCGUAUAUAUAUCAAGGAAAUGUUGAAGAUAAAAAAGAAGUGAGACCUGGUAAACAAAAAGUGGACUUUUAUUUAAGACCUCAUCAUGGGAAUGACCUUAGUAUGCACAGUAGUGUUACGUUACCUGAACUGCAUACGAAACAAGUAGAAUAUGCCUCUGCAACGGGUGGUGCUUUUUCAGAUACUGAAGCGAGCCCGCCUAGUGAUUCUACACCCGCAAUGCCUCUUCUUGACGACGUCAAGGCACGUUCACGGAAAAUAAUUCAUGAAAUAGGUACUGGCAGUCGACCUGUUUCAGCUGAGUAUAACCUCACUAGUGAUGACCUGUUGAAUGGUAUGCACCGUGUUGAAAGCGACAACAGUGUUGAUGCUGAUGAACCGUUAAUGAAACACAAGCUUGAAGGUGGUGUUACAAUAUUAAAACAAAAAGACAGAAAGAAACAGCCUGCGCCAGCACCACGGAAAAAAUAUGACUUUGGAAUAAAAAGAAUAUUGUUGACGCGUGAUCCGAAGGAUAAAUCAAUUAAAGCUGGUAAUGGUAUAGGGAUGAAAAUAGUUGGCGGAAAAACAGUUAAAGGAACAACUGAAUCUGGUGCUUUUGUUACUGCAAUUUUCCCCGGAGGAGUUGCUGACCAACUACACGGAGAACUAAAAGAAGGUGAUCAAAUUCUUGAAUGGAAUGGUAUUGAAUUAUCUAACAAGACAUACAAGGACGUGCAGAGAAUUAUCAAUGUACCUAAUGUAGAGAUAGAACUUGUUGUUAAACCAUCUGCUCAUCAUGCCAAAGCAAUUGACAAAACUAAAGGGGGUCGCAAUGCAGCAUAUGACAACAUGGAAUAUGUAGCUGAUGAAGUUUACGAAAAAUGUCUGAAGUCAAACCAAGGAGUUGAUCCGAAACAGUUGGCAGCACAGUUAGAAGGUAUAAGAGAGGGCGAUUCUUUAACUGGAUCUCAACCUGAAUCGCAGUCAUCAUCUCAACAUGACGAAUACGUCACACCAAGCCUUUCGUCCCCUUCAAAUUCAUCACAAACAUCUACUUCAUCUGAUCGAAAUAGAUCAAAGGAGUUGAGGGAAAUAAAGAAAGAAAUGAAAGAAUUGAAAGAUGCAAAGGCAAAUUUAAAUGCAGAAAAGGGUAUACAAAACGUGUGUGGAACCAUGGGAGAAAUACAGUUACAACUCAGUCAUGAUGACUAUGACAACACUUUAAAUGUUCACCUGAUACAAGCUAGAAACCUGAUGCCAAAAGAUAUAAAUGGGCUGUCUGACCCUUUUGUCAAGAUAUACUUACUUCCAGGAAGGUGCCUUGAAAAUAAGAGAAGAUCGAAACAUAUAUCACGAACUUUGAAUCCUCAAUGGCACCAAACAGUUAUGUUUCAAGAUUUACACCGAGAGGAACUUCAGAACAAAAUGUUAGAAAUAACAGUCUGGGAUUAUGACAGAUUUAAAACGAAUGAUUUCCUUGGAGAAGUCAUCAUUGACUUAUCGGUCAAUGGUGUAAUGGAUAAUAUGCCACAUUGGUAUCUUUUACGAGAACAUGACGUCACAACAGGUGUGGAAUUACCUAAACCUACACUUUUACCAGCUGACAUACGUGGUGCAUCAGACAUGAAACUGUGUCCAUCACCCAACCUGUACUGUAAUUCUCAGGGAUCACCCAAACCAAAUCGUCAGAAGCUGCCGACAAGCAAGAGUGAAGGAAUGGGGCGACGUCGACGUUCGUUAGGGACACUGACUGAUACGGAUCGUCUUUCUGCCUCUGACUCCACAGACGUAUCUUCUGCACAUUCUUCACCUCUUCUACGACACAACUCAAAUGACAUGCCACUUACUGCGGCACUUACUACGUCACAUCCUGGAGUAUGAACACUUACUGGAGAUAUCAGUCUUUCGAUUAAGCAUCAGUUAUGGUGCAAACACGAUAUUAUUAUCUGUGAUAGAGCUGAAAACUAUAAGCUGUUACACGUUCAUCAUCUUUGUAUUUUGGGGAAAAAAAUGUCUCUGGUGCCAAAGUAGUUUGAUUGUAGUCUCAAAAACUUGGUAGCUAAACUUAUUGCCGCCAAAAGUCAAGAGACACAAAUAUUUUCGAAUCAUGUAUAAACAUCAAGAUACAAUUUUUCAUAAGCAUCGAUUUUGUUUCUUAACAUUUUUAUGUUUUUUUCUUUUUAACAAAAUAUGUCUAUCGGUCGUUAAAUCGUGUCAUAAACAUGAAGACGAAAUGAGUGAUGAGAUAGUCUAAUUGAUAACGUCGAUUACUGAAAAGUGUCAUAUAAUUUGUUUGCUCUCUAGGCAUUGUCUUCUACUGUUUGUCUAACUGUUACGUUUGAGAAAGCUUAUAUGCUAUGUUACUUGAUGCACCUUAUGAAUCUUUAUACUUAUAUAAAACGGUCCUUGCACUUCAAUCGCAGAUUGUACACCAUCAUCAAAACAAAGAAAUAAAACGCAGUUAGAAAAUGUUGCCCACAGAACUAAAUAUAAUGUAUUGAAGCCAACUGAUACAAGAAGUAGAAGGAAUUGAUUAGAGAGUUAAUCAGUUAGAGUUCCACUAGUGACCGCAAAUUUGUUUCCACAAACGGUUGUGCGAAUCUGUUAACGAAGUUGCCAAACAUAGAAUCAAAUGUGAAAUUGUUGCUUUUUGGCAAUCAAUUGUGAAAUGGUUGCUUUUUGGCUAUCAAUUGUGAAACUGUUGCUUUUUGGCACAUAUUUCGGAGUUGAAACACUUUUAAAUCUUCAUCGUAUUUUUCGACAAAAAUCAUCACAUAAACCAUGGAAUCAGUCUACGACAAGGUAUCCAAAUCUGACGUAUUAUCAAAGCUUUAUGCUGGAAAUAAACUACUUUGUAAAUUUUUAGUUUAUUAACUUGAAUUUCAGACUAUCACUACCACGUAGAUGAUAUGGACGAAAACUUUGCAAAGGGAUAUAUCUAUUCAUGUUACGUAUUUUCUUCCACCUUUUUUCAAAGGAUCGGUCUUUGAAAAUAUAGAAUAAUCAAUGUCGUUCUUGUUAUAAAUUUAACAAAAUGUUUAUGUUAUAAUUCUGAGGUGCCUAUGUUAAGUAGAUAAUUUCAUAUUUAGAUAUUUAAGAAACCUGUAUCAUAUAGUUAUGCAUUAAUAUAGAAUAACAACAUUUAAUUUAUUGUAAUCUUGAAAGAUUCAAAGUUGUUAGUUUUUGGUUGUAUCUGUGAUUAUGCACGUGUUUGUACGUGUUUUGUUAAAUAUCAAUACAAGCAUAAUGGUCAUGUAAAUGAAUAAAUAACAGCCAUUGUAAAACAAGUUUAAAUAAAAUAUAAAAAAA